AUGCCACCGAAGGGCAAGGCCGCACCCAAGGCCAAGGAAACCGACGCACAGACAAAGCCAGCCGCACCACAGCCGCCAAAGACUGUCGACGAACGUAGCCACGAUCGCUACUACCAAGGACGGCCGUACGCUCGGGUUAGCGACACUGCUGGCAUCAGCGCCCUUUCUCCUGCCGACCGCACCGCGUGGGCCAGUGCAAAGCUCCUGGGCACCACAGCACGGAACAACGGCCGCAGCGGCCUGUCAAACAAGGCUCAGAAGGAGCUGUGGCGCCACGUCAACGAGGCCAGCCUUCCCCUCCGCACACUCCCUCGUCCCUCCGCCUCGUCGCCCUCUCCGUGGGGCCGUGAUAAAUCGGGACGUCCCAUCGGCGACUAUUCCUUUGACGAAUUCCGCCAGCGGACCGAGAAGCGUGUGCGCCUGACAGCCCUCGAGGUUGCUCACCACGCAUAUUUGGCCAAGCGCGACGACGACGCCGUACAGGUGACACCAGACGACGUCCAGGUCGAACGACAGAGACGUGCUGACAUUGCCGUCUUGCGCAUGGAGCUGUACGGACAGCGCACGGGUGGGGCGUAUGCGCAGGACCCGGACUGGGACGAUGUGGUGCCGAUUGCGCUGGACGAGCCCGAGGGCGCGCUAGCAGCGAUUGCCUACCCCGACACGUACGCCGAAGCCAUCUCGUACCUGCGGGCGGUUAUGACCAAGCCCGAGUACUCGACGCGGUGCCUGCGGUUGACGGAGCACGUCAUCUCACUUAACCCGGCGCACUACACGGUGUGGCUGUACCGGUUCUCGAUUGUCAACGCGCUGCAGCUGCCGGUGCAGGCAGAGAUGGAGUGGCUCAAUGAAGUGGCGCUCGAGAACCUCAAGAACUACCAGAUCUGGCACCACCGGUACCUGCUGGCGGAGUACUACUACCCGCAGAUUGCGGGCUCGCUGGACGAGGUGACGGCGUUUGCGCGCAGCGAGAUGGCGUUUCUGGCGACGAUUUUGAGCGAGGACACCAAGAACUACCAUGUGUGGUCCUACCGGCAGUACCUGGUGCGCAAGCUGGGGUUCUGGGUGGACGACGAGCGCAAGUCCAUGGAGGCGUUCAUCCAGCAGGAUGUGCGCAACAACUCGGCCUGGUCGCACCGGUUUUUCCUUGUGUUCUCGGACCCCAACCACAGCAGCAACCGCAGCCAGACCGGCACGGACAAGGACCGGGACGACGGCAAGCCGGCCAGCCUGGAGGCGACUCUGGGCGAGCUCAAUAUCAGCCACGACCCGGAGGUGCCGGCGGCGAUUGUGGACCGCGAGAUCGCCUAUGCGCAGGAGCAGAUACUCAGGGCGCCGCAAAACGAGUCCCCGUGGAACUACUUGCGCGGCGUGCUGACAAAGGGAGGGCGCCCGCUGGCGUCGAUGGAGGAGUUUGCGCAGCAAUUUGUCAGUGGCAUAGGCAGCGACGGCAGCGAAGAGACUGUCAACAGCACGCAUGCCAUGGACAUGCUGGCGGCCGCGUACGAAGAAAAGGGCGACAAGGCACAGGCCGGUGUGUACCUGCAGCGGCUGGCCGAGAAGUGGGACCCCAUCCGUGCGGGUUACUGGCAGUACCGCAAGCAGCAGCUGGCGCAGUGA